CCCACAGUCAGUCGCGCGUCCACCACGGGACGUGAAGUUCUUGUGAUUGUUGUUGUGUCAUGUGCGCUCCGAGCUCGCGUCUCCAACGGGUGUUUCAGUGUUGACAUAUCGCCUGUUGCCGGUGUCAGUGCUGUUGUUGUCACCAUGAUUGUGAACAAAGUGUCGUGGGAAGUUGCGUUCAUUUUGAUUUCCCAAUGUGUACAUUUUUCAAUACAAGCCGCUACGAGGCUUGUGGAUGCGGGCACUGAUCGAGAUCCCAGCUCGAACGCCAUCCCAAGGUUUCUCUCCAGAGGUCAAACGUACAGAGUGGUCAUCAGUGACACUCUGGUACUGCCUUGCGAAGUUGAGGAUCUAGGAGAGUAUGUGCUGCUCUGGAGGAGAGGCAGUGCUGUGCUGACGGCGGACAAGAUCAUGGUCAUUCGAGACCCGAGGUUCCAGCUAGUAGACGGUUUCAAUCUGCAGAUCAGCAACGUCAUGCCGCAGGACGCUGGGGAUUACGUGUGUCAAAUUGGUGACGGCGACAACCGAGAUCAAAUCCACACUGUGGAAAUACUAGUGCCGCCAAGUAUUCGCACUUCGCCAGCCAACGGCCAGCUAACAGCCCGUAAGGGGGGCACAAUCACUCUGGAGUGCAAACCCUCUGGGAACCCUGUACCGACCAUCAUCUGGACAAGGAAAGACAACUCGCUACCCACUGGAGAGAAGUCCAUCGAGGGCUUCACCAUUACGCUGGACAAGGUGGACCGUCACCAAGCUGGAGUUUACCAGUGCACGGCCUCUAAUGGUGUGGGCGAACCCGUAACAGUUGACAUGCAGUUGGACGUCUUGUAUCCGCCCGAGAUAGAGGUGGAGCGCAGCUGGGUGCACUCCGGCGAGGGGUACGAGGCUCAGCUGGUCUGCAUAGUGCACGGAGAACCGGCCCCUAACAUGAUCUGGUACCAGGACAGCUUCCUGCUGGACCCGACAGAGCGCAGGACAAUGGAAACUCGGGCCAACAAACACACGCUAACCAUCCGCAACGUGCAGAGUUCAGACUUCGGUAACUACAGUUGCGUGGCAGAUAACUCACUGGGACGCGCCAAGAAAUAUAUGGAGCUAUCAGGCAAACCAAGCCCAGCAGAAUUUCGAUCUGCUCCGUUCUCCAGAGCUAAGGACAGUUACAAUCUCACGUGGCUGGUGGAAAGUUAUCCUCCGCUUGAAGAAGUCCGGCUUCUCUUUCGGAAAGUCAUGAUGAACGACACUCACCAGAACCACGGCAAGUGGCAUGACGUCAUGCUCCAGCCGACGAACGGGGAGACCUUCUCUCACCUGAUGUCCUACAACAUCCGGGGACUUGAGCCGGCCUCCGUGUACGAGGCUAUCGUACAGGCCAAGAACAGGUACGGCUGGAACGAAGUGACCGACGCUUAUCAGUUCUACACCAGAGGCCCAGGCCAGGAGAUAUAUGACUAUCCGUCAGAGCCCAACAUGGAGGACAUGGAGCUGAUAGCCUCUGCCAACCACAGCCUACGGACCCAAGCCGUGACGUCACUCAUCACCCUCCUUGUCAUCCUCGUCCUUUUAUAGGAUAGAAUUCAAAGGAAGUGCAUACUGGAUUGCUAAGAAGACUAAGAAAGACUAUUUUUAAUUAAGAUAAGUGACAUUUUGUGAUAGGUAAGUGUAUAAGUUAUGUCUAACGGGGGAAUAACCCGUAAAUGCGCCAUUUUGGUUCACAAUUCAUCAGAGUUACCUUUGAUUCGUGUACUUUUAUCCUAAGUGUAAAUAUUUGUUUUAAGUGUGACGUCGGGCGGGCUUUGAGAACAAACUCCAAAGUUUCCGAUAAGUCGUGUUUUAAUAGAUGUUAUUUUCAUUCCUACGCAUUUCUUACAUUUGCACUCGGUUCGCUUUGUUCUCGACAUAGUACGUGUUAGCUUGAGACGGCCGCGCCGUAGUGUGAACUAGAAUGGCAGUGCUAUACAGUCUGUAGUUUUAUACUCUUUGAGACCAAAAGAUUUAUAUUUUGUUAAUAUUAAGCAGAGAUUUAGAGAACGCUUCUUGAGAUCGGUUGAGAUGCUCUUCAAGAAUGUUCGUUAAAAUACUUGCAAGUAUUUUGAAACAAAUUAUUUACGAACAGUGUACUUUCAAGCUUGCAAAUUACACCACUAAGAAAAAUAACGUUAUUAUCCAUCGUUGUCAGAGUACUGUACAAGGAAUUAAUCACAAAAGAUAAGCGAGCUUUUACAUAUACAUUUGUAUUAUUUUAAAUGACUGAACUUUUUCACAGGCUUUUUAUGUUGUGCAUUUUUUACAUAAUUUACGAGCUAAAACCUUUUGUAAUUAGGCUUACGUAAGUAGUUUACCCUCUAAUGUUAUCCUCCUUGUAAAAAUUUCUCAAGUAGAUUUAGUACCUUUCAACAAAUAUUUGUUUCUUGCAAUUGUUAUACUAUUAUGUUUAUCUUUGAACAAAAAUGAUGUAUGAAUUUAAUUACUUAAAUCGUUUGAAUUUUUAUACUCAUUUGUCCAAACGCUCAAUUCCAUCAAGAUGUUUUACUCCAAUGUAUUCUUAUAUAUGUUCAAAUAAAUUUUAGUAACAUGUAUAAAUGUCUCAACACUAAUGUAAAUAGUUACAAAUGUUGUCCAUGAACUGUAUAUUAAUUGAAUAAACUUUCUUUUGUAAAA